AUGAUUGUGACACAAGAUGUUAAACCAACAUUGAAAAAAAAAUGUUUUUUAACAACUUGUUUUAUUAUUUUGAUUUUUGCUUCAUUUCUAAUCGGACUUUCGAUGAAUGUAUCACGCCAGACUACAACUCAAUUUUUUCUAAAAUUAGCUCAAGCACCAUUAGUUGAACGACUAUUAAAUGAUUCUCAAAUAAAUGCUACUCUUAAUACUAUUCCUAUCGUUCGUCAUCCACAAAGUCGUACACCAUUUGAAAAUUUUGUCUGUGAUAAGACAAAUAUUAAUCGAUUUCCUGUUUCAUCAACAACACCAUCAACUGAUUCAUUUGAUAUAUAUCGAAAAACAACUUUAGAAAAAUAUUGUAAUAUGGUACCUAUUCCACGACGUAAUUAUAUAAAACCGAAAACAUAUACUGAAGAUGAAGUUGUAUUUGUUAUUUUUACAUCUUCGAAAUUUUUUCAUACACGAGCAACAGCAACACGUGAUACAUGGCUUUCACGUAUAACAAAUUAUUAUUUUCUUAGUGCAACUUCUUAUCCUUAUUUACCUGUAACUGUUAUUGCUGGUGCUGGUGAAGAUAAAUUAUCAAAUAUGAAAAAACUUUUUUAUGGUCUUCAAAUUAUAUAUCAACAACAAAUGAAUCUUUCUAUAAGUCAACGACAAAAAUGGUUUUAUAUAGCAGGUUGUGAUACACUUAUAUUUCCUCAUCAUUUACUUAAACGUCUCGAUGGUUUGGAUUAUACAAAACCAAUUCGUGUUGGUGGUCAUUGGGGAACUUGUGACUGUCUAGGACCAAAUGGAACAAAAAUUCCAGGAGAAUUUCCAUCAGGUGGUGCUGGAUUUUUUUUUAGUAUGAAAUUACUUGAAAUAAUGCAACCACAUUUAACAAAUUAUGUUGAAAAUGUUUGGCCACGUGGUAAUGUAGCAUCCGAUGUUGCACUUGCUUGUCUCGCUGAACAAUUAGGUGUUCGUUUAACAAAACAAGUUGGUUUUUGGGCCCAUGCACCAGCAUUUACAUUAGCUGAAAAUGGACGUGAAAGAUUUCAUAGAGAACCUGAACCAAAUGAUUUUCAUUAUGUUGGACCUGAUGAAAUGUAUGCACUUGAUGAAUUUUAUGUUAAUCAACAUAUGGAUAGAUUAAUCAAUGAUGAAAAUUGGGACGAAUUAAUUCGAGUUACUCGACGUUUUGUAUCUAGUCAUUAUGAAUUAUUAAGAAAAAAACGACGAGAAUGUACAUUGCCAGUCAUAGGAGAAGAAGUUAAAUUACCUACUGGUUAA